AACACUAGUCGUCUUCUUGUUUUUACUUGCGUCUGUGCAGGAGGAGUAAAUAUGGCCGACGUCGCUGCUGCCGCGCAGCUAAAACGCAAAAGAGAAGGCGCAGAGGCGCAGAGGAAGAAGGCGAAAACGGGCAAGAGCAAGCCGGCCGCUGCUGGGGAAGCGACGCCCUCCAAGACGACGAGUGCCACGCCCGAAGCCAGAGUGACUCCGAAGGCUGCCGUCACGCCAGAAGCGAAGGGCGCCCAGAAGAAACAGCCCACACCGCAGAAAGCGCAGGCCAACGGAACCCCCGCAGGCCCCGCUGCAAGCACCCCGUUGGGCUCGAGAAAGAGCAAAUCCACACCGAAGACACAGUCGGCAAAUGGCGCGGCUGCCCUUGCCGAGAACGAGAAGGAUGUCGCACCAGCAUCGGCCGCAGUGGCUGCAGAGACACAGAAACAGGUCGAGAUCUUCAAGAAAGAACGAAGCCCGCAUCCAUGGUCUGUCUCUGCUCCGCAAGGCGGAUGGUUCUUGCCGCAAGAUCCCGUAUUCUCGCCUGACGAGAAAUACCUGCUCCUGGGCAAGCUGAAGGCAUUGGAUGUAUACGCAGCUGAUACCUCAUUGCUCGUCCGAUCCCUACCUCUAGGCGCCUCUAGCUUGGCUCUGGCCUAUGCUCUCUCAUCUACCAACUCCGACCUCGUUUAUGUGGCAGAUUCGGCCGGGAUAAUAUCUCUCUGGAACUGGACCGAUGGCUCAAAGCUUGGCCGCUGGGGCAUCGGAGCGAAUGUUCAACACUUGGUCGUUGUCGAGCAGCCAACCACAUCGCGGGACCUCGUCUUCACGCAUGAGGCAGACGGCAAACACAUCGUGAAUGUGCACGCUUUGUAUACCGGAGACGAAGCGUCCAAGACAGAAGUAAAGCAGAUUUUGAGGACCAGCCGUCCCAUCACUGAGAUGCAGGUCCUGCUGCAGGGCAAGCUUAUCGUCCUGAGUACACCAAACUCGAUGAUAGUCGGAAAGCGCAGGAAGUUCAAGCAAACGGCACUCCAAGACUUUGAGUAUACGUGGCGCGAAUUUGAAAUGUCUAGGCGCAUCACAACCUUCAAUGCCUUCGUGCAGAUAUCUGGUGGAAAGGAUAAGGCACUGGAGGAUGCCCGAGAUCAUCUCGAUCUCGCUGUCGGAGACGAGGAGGGUGUAAUUUACCUGUUUGAAGAUGUCAUCUCUAGAUUCGUCGCCGUCGAGAGGAGCCAGAAGGACGCUUCAGACAAGAAGGUUGGACCAGAAAGCCUGACUCCAAAACGAUUGCAUUGGCACAGGACUGCCGUGAGAUCACUCAAAUAUUCGCUAGAUGGCAAUUAUUUGAUCUCUGGCGGUGACGAAACUGUUCUCACCAUCUGGCAGCUAGCGACCGGAAAACAACAACAUCUUCCCCAUUUGACUGCAGCGAUCGAAAGCAUCGCAAUUUCCCCAUCUGGCGCUUCUUACGGAGUGACUUUAGCAAACAACUCUGUCAUCGUCUUGUCAACGUCGGAACUGAAGGCCAAGACCAACAUCGUUGGUAUUCAGACACGCAGAAUCAGUGCCGGAAAGCUCCACAGACUAUCCAAUCCCCACUUCUCGCCCAACUACCUCACUUUAGUACCUAUGGAUAUCGAUCCGAACAACAACAGCCACAUCACUUUUGUCACGCCUUCUUCACAGCCUCGGCACGGAGGUGCAUCCAGAUCAGAACCAUAUAUCCAGACAUUCGAUCUUGCCAAUCAGCGACCAAUUGCACGACAGCCUUUGACUCGAAACAAUGCGACUGAUCCUAAUAUGGGGCCUGACGGCCGCCCGAUUCUGGAGCCGAGUGUCAACUUGCUACGCAUCAGCCACGAUGGUGCGUGGCUUGCCACAGUCGACGAGUGGGUACCGCCUGUCGCAGACCUCUCGUACAUCGAAGAGGGCAUAUCGGCAUUGAAUGUAGAGGAACGGACACUACGUCGAGAGGUGUAUUUGAAGAUUUGGAGGCGCGACGAACAGAAUGGACAAUGGGUGCUGGACGCACGCAUCGACGCUCCUCAUUUCAUCGAUGGAGUUUCUGCCCACGCCCGCGUAUUCGAUCUGAUUGCCGACCCAUCUGGCGCUGGAUUUGCUACAGUUGGUGAAGACCGUGUAGUACGCAUUUGGAGACCAAAGACACGGAUGCGUGAUGGUGUCAUCGUGCGCGGCGCAGAUCGAAUGCGUGGCCUUGUCAACUGGUCUCUGGACCGCGCCGUGAAGCUCGCUGACAAGCUUGAAGUCGACGAAGCUUACGAAGCAGCGCAAACUACCAUUCCUCGUACAUGCCGGCUGGCAUUUUCCGAGGAUGGAUCUGUCCUUGCCGCUGGUGUUUCAUGGGCAUCUGACGAGGAUCCGGGUGUAGUCCAUAUCGUCGAUACUAAUGACGGAAGCAUCCGUCGCUCUAUAACUGAGAUCGACAUUUCCGCUCUCUCCAGCGUGGCCAUUCUUGGGCGUCACCUCAUAUUACUCGGCAACACAGUCGUCGUUUGGGAUAUGAUCAUGGAUCAGCUCGUGUACUCCAUCCCGAAUAAGACUCCGGGAGUCAGGAUCUCUACACAUAGUCAACUCCUAUCUCUUGCGACAAACAAAGAGGACUGCACAUUCGCUGUAUCAACACCACGCCUUCAAAAGAAAGAGCCUGAAGAUGAGCGCUUUACUAAGAUCGCAACCAAAGUCACAGUAUAUAGCCCUCUCGCGUCCGAACCGGUUUGGUCCUGCACCAUACCCGAGGCUCUUGUACUGGGGUUAGUGGCGAUAAAGGGAAGCCGGGGCUUCGUUGCGCUCGAUACAUCUUCAAACAUCCGACUACUCACUCCCUCGGUCGCUACCCUCCAGCUUCCUAGCCCCCCGCCGGAGUCCACUUCCGAGUUCACCGAACAAAUGGAAGCUGACGAAGACAUUAUGGAGGACGCUGAAGAGACAGCAGUGCAAAACGCACCUGGCUUGCAAUUGUCCGCAAGCGAGGAAUUGUUGCGCACUUCUGAAAAUGACAAGCCUGUUGUCAGCUCGGAACAAUUACAACAGAUAUUUGACAGUGGGCCUUCACAUGCUCUGCCGCCUGUCCGAGAUCUCUUUGAUGCUGUCCUGGGUCUGUAUGGGAGAAAGCCGCGGACAGCAGCCAGUGUUGCAUGAAUGCGUGUUUACGGUUGUGAUUAAGUUGGUGAACGCUAUGUAGAACAAGAUGACCGGUCCAGGUUUGGCCUCUUGAUAUAAUUCGUCUUGUGUCCUCAAGCAAGCAAUGC